AGUCUCACUUUUGUCUAAUCUUCAAGGCUGUACUGUCUCAUGUCGCUUAUGAUUCAGACUCUCUGCGUUACUGUAAUUGUCUUAACACAACCCACACUUGCCACCUAACAUCAUCAAAAACACUUUUGUCGUCAAAUGUAUGACAUUUUUUCUCCCCUCACUUUCCCACCUACAAUCAUCAACACCUUCUUUUGUCUCCUACACGUGCCAAAUACACCAUCAAAGCUUUCCAUUAACUGCCAAACUUUGGUGUCUAUUACACAACCAAAAGCAAACGACAUCCAAGAAGCUGAAGCAGAAGAUAGGCUUAGCACGUGUUAGAUUUUUUGAAAACGGAUUUUGCAACGAUGGGGCUGGAUGAGGAUUUUGAAUGGGGAACAUUGUGUGAAAAGAAUGGGUCCCUUUGGUUCAAAAAGAAGGAGAAAAGAAGGAAAAGGAGGAAUUUUUGGUGAUUGUGUUGUUUUAGGAAGGGGACGCAUGGGUGGGUAAAGUGAGAACAAGAGUGGCUAAAAAGCAAACGGCAAUGAAAUUGAUUUAGGGUUGGACGCACCACGCUUGGCCCCAAACAUCCUCCCACAUGGUUUUGUGAAAACAGGACAGAGACAUUAGAUGUAGUGCCGUCUUGUGGUGGCUCAACUAUCCCACACAAACCACUAUUUCUUUGGAGAUGUAGGACCUUCUUCAUGAUUCACACCACAAAAAGCUACUUCCGAUAAAACAUUUCAGUUGGUGACAAAAUAUAUAAGCAAGCAGUGCUUCAAACCAAUCAAACACUAGAUUCCUGUAGAACCAGUUUUGAUGAGGAGCAUGAGGUCAACUGUAGAACAUGCAAAGGAAAAAGAGAAAAGUGACUAGAAUUAUGAAUUAUCAUCUAUCUACACAUGCACUUUUGUUAUUUAAGCAAGUCCUGAACCACACACAACACAAGAGGUGCAAAGUGCAGCCAAACCAGUUUAAGACAGCAUAAACACACAUAUUUAUAAUAUGGCCUACAUCGCCACCACGGUUGGUGCCAGCACCGUCACCACAGUGGAUUGUCAGAAACAAGUAAGAUCAUGGAGGCUACUACGUUCCAUCAUGGAGCUUCUAAUUCCCACUUGCAACUGCACCUUCUUCCUCGAAGAACAAGACCAAUCACCAAAGUGUCUCCAACAAAAGUAUCCACGACAACAACAUCAACAACUCAUGACUUGUGCCACAAUCACUGGCACUAUCUUUGGAUAUCGCAAAGGAAAGGUCAGUUUUUGCAUCCAGGCUAAUUCCAAGUCAAGCAACCCAAUUCUGCUGCUAGAGUUGGCAGUUCCAACAAGCGUUUUGGCAAAGGAAAUGAGAGGGGGCAAUCUCAGAAUUGUGCUGGAGAGUUCAUGUAACAACACCAACAACAGUAAUCUUUUUUCCUCACCUCUUUGGAGCAUGUACUGCAAUGGGAGGAAAGUGGGGUAUGCUGUUAAGCGUAGGCCUUCAAAUGGUGACUUUGAAGCACUGAGUUUGAUGAGUUCUGUUGCUGUAGGGACUGGUGUUAUAAACAGUUGCAAGGAACUGCAGCAUCAAGAGGACGAGCUUAUGUACCUUAGAGCCAACUUUCAAAGGGUUCGUGGUUCCUCCAAUUCUGAAUCUUUUCAUUUGAUUGACCCUGAAGGAAGCAUUGGUCAAGAGCUUAGUAUUUUCUUUUUCAGGUCCAAGUGACCUUAAUUAACUUGUUUAUUAUUAUUGCUGUGUAUAUAUAUAUAUAUUCAGAGUCGUUAAUUUCAACUUUCAAAAGCUUACCCUUUUUUGAGCCGUGCCUAGGUAUGCAUUGCAUGGUUUUGUCCUAUGUUCUGUAUGUAUAGUUUUCAAAGUGCUCUUCUUUUUUGUUGGCUGUGUUAGGUUUGGACAGAAUUUAACAAUUUGGGAGAGGUAGCUUCAAGCCUAUCAGUCUAUUGGCUUUUUUUUCCACUCCC